AUGGAUAAAUCAGAUUAUUUUAUGUCGACAAAUUCAUUAACUAACGAUACUCAUCUCUAUGAUAACAAUCCAUUAGCAUGUAUAUCGUAUAUUUCAUCUGUUCCAAAUAAAAAAUUUAUUUUAAUUCUUACUAAUUUAUUGUGUGAAAAUGUUAUACCAAUAGUACAUAAUCUUACACAAAUUGUUGCUAUUUAUAUAUUAAAAUCAUCAGAAAAAAAUGAUAAAAAAUUAACAAAGUAUAUUAAAAUAUCCGGUACGUUUUCAAGCAAAGAAGAAUUAUUUCAUAAGCUAAUAGAGGACAUUAAAAUAUUAUCAUCAAAUCCAUCUAUAAAUCCAUAUUAUAAUUCAUUAAAUAGUUCAAUAACAUUAUUUAUUAAUUCAAAUGAUAAUUCUGAACAAUUAUCAUUAAUUCAAUUAGAUGAAGAACACUCAAGAUUUAUUUGGUUUCAAUUUUUAAUUAAAGCAUUUCGUCGUUUACCAUCACUACCAUCAAACAAUGAUAAAUAUUCUACAAUGUUAAAAUUAUGUCGAUCACAAUCAUUAUUUAGUGAUGAAAUAUCUAUGAUUAAUGAUUUUCAAAAUAAUUAUACAUCUGAUCAAGCAAUAUUUUAUUGUACAAAAUCAAAUAGUCCUAUUUAUAAUAUUUUAAAUAAAGCUUUAGACACAUAUGAUAUAUCAACAAUAUUUUCAUUUCGUUACUUUAUCAGUGAUAUUUAUAGUCAAUUAGUUAAAUUAAAUUCAUCAACGAUAACAACAGUUUAUCGAGGACAAACAAUACUUUAUGAUGAUUUACUACGAUUAAGAAUGAAUAUUGGUGAACUUUAUUUAAUGAAUACAUUUUUAUCAACUACAACAUCUGUGGCAUUAGCUCUUUCAAAUAUUAAUAAAACAAAAACUCUUUUAACAUCAUCGCAUGACGUAGAUGUUAUAUUUCAAAUAGAUAUUAGUAGUGAGAGAACACAAUAUGUUAAAAAUAUUCAACAUUUAAGUUAUAGAAAAAUAAAAAAGGAAUUUUUAUUUCUAAUUGGUACUGUGUGUCGUAUUGAAUCUGUUGAACAUGUACCAAACGAUCGAUGGUAUAUUCGAUUAAAAUUAUUAACAGAUAAUCAAUUAUUAAAUCAUUUUAAACAUGAAUUUAGUGAAAAAUUAACUAUUUUUUCAUUAGGUAUGUUUUGGACAAAAAGAAAGCAAUAUGAUAAAGCAUUAGAUUAUUAUAACAAGAUAUUAUUACGAGAAUAUUUGUCAUUAUCGGUCGAUAAUACUAAUGCAUUGAUAACUAUCUAUAAUAAUAUUGGUUUAAUUUAUGAACAUAAAAAUGAUGUUGAAAAAGCUAAAGAAUAUUUUGAUAACGCAUCAGGAUUAACUCACAAUCAUUUAUCAUCUGCUUCACUAUCAUCAUCCACAUCAUCAGAAUCUUCAACAAGAACAGAAUCAUUUAAAAUUAUAUUAAAACAGCCGAUAAAAAACAGUUCAUCUCGAUCGAUAAACCUGUAUAAUUUAGGUUGUACUUUAUUUGAAAACGCGAAAUAUGCAGAUGCUUUAAAGAAUUUUGAAAACGCUUUAUUGGAAACUGACACUGGUACAAUCGAACAAGCAAAUUUAUACAAUAAUAUUGGUUGCGUGCAUUAUGAACAACUGGAGAAUAAAAAAGCCGUGGAACAUUUUGAAAAAGCUUUCGAUAUUGCAUUAAAAAAUGAAUUUUCAACAAAAGAUUAUCUCAGUAAUCUGACAGCAACUGUCAGGCGAAAUUGUAAGCGUAUUCCUGCGGAACUCGCUGUAGAUAUCAACAAGUCUUAA